AUUUGCAUUGAUUUGCGCAUAUAGACAUGCAGCUAUAGAUGCGAGGAUGCAAAUAUCGAACGUGAUUGUUGUAAUAUCUACAAAUGACGUGAAGAAUGAUGAGAACAUGAAAAUGUUUAUUGCUGCAAUCCGUCACAAGGUGUGCAAGGUGUUUUCUCCAUGUGAAACUCCUUUGUUCUCUUCAGCCGUCAUUCGUAGGCAGAACACGCACUCGUAGACCUGCACGCCGCUUUUGGAAUGUGUGUGUGUGUGUGUGUGUCAGUUAUAUGUUACAGUUUUGAAAGCAAGUGCUUUUUGAUACCAAACACAAAUGUUCAUGAAUAAAUAACAAUAUCUUGCAUUGUUUCUGCGCUUAUACAAUGGUUAAUGUCAUAGUAUUAACUGGUAUUUGUCUGAAAAUUAUGACACAGACUAUAUUUCAGUGACGUGGAAUAAUUGCAAUUAGAACAUUACUUCACAUAAUUGGAAUAUCAAGUGUUAACUUCUGCAUAAUAGGGCACUGCAUACCGGCCCGGCCUACGGCGGAAAGGAAGCAGCGCGAUUGGUCGAGCAGAUGUCGAUCAACGAGACACUUCCUGGAUGGGGCCAUGGCUGCUGCUGUUGUCCUCCCUUAGGAUGAUUUCCUGCGAAACUUUGGGAUGGAUCCGGGCGUGUCAGCACAUGGCGAUGCUGUGAUCCCGUAGCGGUGCACGGAGGAGAUCGAGAUGGACGGGGGCAGGCAAACGCGGGUGUCGCGGCCGCAUAGGAUAAGCGAGUCCUCGAAGGUAUACCGCUGGGUGGAGCAGGCCGGCUGGGUGCUGCAGGGACUCAGCGAGCAGCGGCAGAGGGGCCAGCUGUGCGACGUGGUGCUGGUCGCAGACGAGCAGCGCGUUCCCGCGCACCGCGCCCUCCUCGCCGUCUCCAGCCCCUACUUCCAGGCCAUGUUCACGCUGGGCAUGCGUGAGGAGCACCAGGCGGAGGUGCAGCUGGUGGGUGCCUCCUACGUGGGGCUCAAGGCGGUGGUGGACUUCCUGUACAGCGGGGAGCUGCCGCUGGACGGGGGCAACAUCGACUACGUGCUGGAGACGGCGCACCUGCUGCAGGUGUGGCGCGCUGUGGACUUCUGCUGCGAGUAUCUGGAGAAGGAGGUGAGCGAGGACAACUACCUAUACCUGCAGGAGCUGGCGCUCCUCUACAGCCUGGAGCGGCUGGAGGCGUACAUCGACCGCUUUGUGCUGGAGCGCUUCGCCACGCUGUCGUUCACGCCCGACUUUCUGCGUGACGUGCGGCUGCCCAAGCUGACAGCGUACCUGGCCAGUGGGCAGGUGGAGCACGACAGCGAGCAGGCCCUGCUACAGGCCGCCCUGCAGUGGCUGAGCCAGCGGCCGGACCGCCAGGCCCACGCGCGCCAGCUGCUCUCCCACAUCCACUUCCCCCUGAUCCCGGCCGCCGAGCUCCAGGGCCGCGUGCUGCCAGCCGUCCGCUCGCUGCUGCCCUCGGAGGCGGCCUGCGAGGCGCUGGUAGAGGAGGCGCUCGCCUACCACGAGCGGGCCAGUGCGCAGCCGCUGCUGCAGACGCCGCGCUCCGCGUUGCGCGGAGGCACGGAGCGCCUCCUGCUGGUGGGCGGCGAGGUGUCGGAACGUGGCGAGGAGCUGAGCGCCGACGUGUGGCAGCUAGACGGCGACGCCAGAUGGGAGGUGGAGACCCAGCUGCCGGCCCGCCGGAGUCACCACUGCGUCGCCAUCCUCGGGGGCUUUGUCUUCACGGCGGGGGGCAGCUCGUCCCGGGACAAUGGCGGCGAUGCCGCCAGCAACCUGCUGUACCGAUACAACCCACGUGACAACCAGUGGACCAAGGGCACCCCGAUGAACCAGAGGCGUGUGGAUUUUUACCUGGGGGCAGUUGGGGACUGUUUGAUCGCCGUAGGGGGACGCAAUGACAAUGGUGCUCUGUCCUCGGUAGAGGUGUACCGGCCAUUAGAGGACAACUGGACCUACGUGGCAGGACUCCCCAGGUUUACCUAUGGCCAUGCCGGCACCACUCAUAAGAACCUGAUCUACAUCUCGGGUGGCCAUGACUACCAGAUCGGGCCAUACAGGCGGGACAUGCUGAGCUACGAGCUGGCGGGCGACACGUGGGUGGAGCGCAGGCCCAUGGGCGUGGCCCGUGGCUGGCACAGCAUGGCCUCGCUGCACGAGCUCAUCUACGCUAUCGGGGGCAGCGACGACCUGGAGAACAGCAUGGAACGCUUCGACAUCCUCAGCGUGGAGGCCUUCGACCCGGCGACCGAGCAGUGGACGCGGGUCGGUCCGCUGCUGCAGCCCAACAGCGAGGCAGCCGUGGCCUCCUGGGGCGGGCGCCUGUACGUGCUGGGCGGCUACAGCUGGGAGAGCAUGGUGUUCUCAGGCAGCACGCAGAUCUUUGACCCGGCCAAGGCUCAGUGGGCACGGGGGCCCGACCUGCCCAAACGCAUCGCAGGGGCGUCGGCCUGCGUGUGCCAAGUCAGGCCCCGGCCCUGCAGUCCGGACAAAAAGAAGGUAGCGCACCAGAACAAGAGUGCACACAGCGCCCCCCAGUGGCAGGGCAGGUGACUGACAGAGAACAGAAAGGGGCUGUGACAGAAGGGCAGCUCCUAUCAGCAGAAUGACGAAGACUAUUACACUGUUAGCAGACUCCACAAAGCACAAAGUUCUGAAGGAUAAAGCCCUCCGCUGUGCAGCCCGACUACCACGGCUUACAUUCCAUGCUGACUUCUUCAGUAUUACUCUUAAAAUGACUGUUUCUCUUUGCGACGGGACCCUCCUCGUACGUAACGUCCAGUGCUGCGCAGAAGUGUUGUCAUGGCAACGGCGUUCAGCCUGCGUUGAGUUGUGUUUCACGCAUGUCUGUCUGUUUCUGUGUACUGUCACCUACAUGUCUUCCUCGUCCUUGAAGCUUAACACAAACGUGAA